UUGUUAUUCUCAACUGGCUAACUGCUCUUACGAAUUUUCCCGUGACUUAUCAAGAUGCUAUAAAAGGUUUUAAAAAUAGUGUUAUAGACUCUUAUAAUGAAUCUGAAAAGAAGCACAUAUUUAGACGAUUACAGAACGCAAGAUAUUGGUGA